UCUGUGCUGAUCCUCAGAGACAUGAAGGCGACUGAUCUGCUCUCAGUUUGUCUGCUUCUUCUUCAGACAGCUGGAUUCAGUCUGAAACCGUCAAACACAACGGAUCACCAUAACAAUAACAACAACAACAACAACAACAACCACACAGCUGCUGCUGCUGCAGGAUUGAACCUGAAUCAUCUGAAUGUGACGAUAAAUGGAAGUUUCUCUGAACACUUUGGAUUCAGUGACCUGGCCGGGGUCCGGUCCUUCAGUCCAGAGCAGGAGAUGGAGUCUAGGAUCAUCGGGGGUCAGGAGGCCUGGGCUCACUCAUGGCCCUGGCAGGUUUCUCUUCGUUUUGCCACCAUGCCGGCCUGUGGGGGCGCCAUCAUCAGCCCGCUGUGGGUCAUCUCUGCUGCUCACUGCUUCAAAAGAUACAACAAAGCUUCUUUCUGGACUGUUCUGGCUGGAAAACACGACCUGGAUAAUCCUCAUGAGGCAGGACAACAGGAGGUUGGAGUCUCAAUGAUCAUCAACCACUAUGGCUACAACACUCGGACUAAAGAGAGUGACAUGGCUCUGCUGAAGCUGCAGCGACCUGUGGUCUUCAACCAGUUCGUCAGACCCAUCGACCUCUGGAUGACUCCGCUGCCUGUCCACAGGAAGUGCACCAUCACCGGCUGGGGCUCCACCCGAGAGAAUGGUCCUCGAGUGAACAGACUGCAGGAGGUGAAUGUGACCAUCCUGCCCACUGACGUCUGUAACCAGUACUACCUCGGGAGGAUCAGGUCCUCCAUGUUCUGUGCUGGGAAGGACGGAGGAGGAGCUGAUGCCUGUCAGGGGGACUCCGGAGGUCCUCUGUCCUGCUUCACCGGCAGCAGGUACGAGCUGGCAGGUCUGGUGAGCUGGGGAGUCGGAUGUGGUCGAGCCAAAAGACCAGGAGUCUACACCAAACUCCAGCAACACACUCCGUGGAUCUACGACGUCAUGAGUGAUCAGAACAGAGUUUACACAGACGACCUCACUAACAAAGAGGACAGGUGUGGUGAGCAGCAGAGCUCCAGCUGUGAUCACGCUCUGGGCCUCGUUGGUCUCUCCAUGUCCCAGGACGGUGAGGUGUCAGUGGAGAACGUGACGGAGUCCUGCCCCUUCUUCUGGCCCUGGCACGUCAGUCUCCAGUCCAACGGACGCCAUUACUGCAGCGGAGCGCUCAUCCACCGCCACUGGGUCAUCACCGCCAAACACUGUAACGUCAGAGCUAAAGAGGACGUUGUGGCUCUGGGAGUCCAUGACCUCCGGUUCUCCUCGUCUCAAACUGUCCCUGUGGAUGGAGUCUUCAACUUGCCACAGGACGGCAGCUUCCCGCCGAAAUCUGACCUGUCUCUGGUCCGCCUCAGCGUUCCUGCCAGAUUCAACCCUCAGGUGUCUCCGGUUUGUGUCCCUGACGAGGACGAGGAGCUCGACAACAGCUGGCACUGCGUCACGACUGGGUGGGGGGCUGUGAAAACCACAGGUGACGUUGAUCCGGAUCGCCUGCACCAUGUUGGACUGACUCUGGUUAAUCAGACCACCUGUAGACAGAAGUGGGGGGGGCUCGUCACUGACUCUCACAUCUGUUCACAUCCUGCGGGCUCCACCUCCUGCAUGGGCGACUCUGGAGCUCCUCUGUUCUGUCGGAAACACCAUGUCUACUUCCUGUUUGGUGUGGUCACAUGGGGCAGCGGGCGCUGUGCUGCAGACAAACCGUCCGUCUUCACCAGAAUAUCUGAUUAUGAUUCAUGGAUCACUGAGGUGACUGAAGACACGUGAAUAAAGUAACUGAACCAGAAGCUGUUUGUCCUCAGGUCUGUGAACCAAUCAGCUUCAGUUUAACCAGAAACAUCUCUAUAUAUCACUACU